GCUGCUGAUUGGCUAACCUCGGGGAAAGGGGCCGGCACACACCGUGAUUCUACAGUACGGCUCACGCCCUUCUUUGGAACACGGUUUUGUUACCUAGUGGUUGCGAUACCAGCGAUAGACACUGGAGGGCGGGCUGUCUCUCUCAGAAAAAAAGUCCCAGCACCAGUGAUACAUUGUAACAGGCAGCAGCAGAGCAUCACCCCCUAUGUGCCAGGGAAAAUGGGGGAAGGAGGAAUGGCAUAGAGCAGAUAAGAAAGGGGAGCUGCUGCUGGGUUGGAACCAGUGAGCCCUCAGACUUCCUGGACCAGAAAAGAUGGCCGCCUUCAGCCGCAGGGAAUUCUAUGAGCAGCUUCUCCAUGGAUGUGUCUUACCCACCGUCGUGCAAGGGCUGGAUCAGAUCUGGGUGCUGUUGCUGAUGUGUCUGGGCUGCCGGAUGCUGUGGAGGCUAGGGCUGCCGUCCCACCUGAAGCACCUGUUCACCAUUGCCGGCGGCUUCUUCUGUCUUUACCACUUCUUCCAGCUGCAGAUGAUCUGGGUGGUUCUUCUGAGCCUGCUGUGCUACCUGGUGCUCUUCCUGUGCCGACACUCCCAGCACCGGGGGGUCCUGCUGUCCACCACCAUCCUCAUCUAUCUCCUGAUGGGGGAGAUGCACAUGGUGGAUACCGUCAGCUGGCACAAGAUGAGAGGUGCGCAGAUGAUUGUGGCAAUGAAGGCGGUGUCUCUGGGCUUUGACGUGGACCGUGGGGUGGUACGCUCCAUCCCUUCUCCAGUGGAAUUCAUGGGCUAUGUGUAUUUUGUGGGCACCGUCAUCUUUGGACCCUGGAUCAGUUUUACCAGUUACCAACAAGCGGUGAAUGGGCGGAAACUGAGUUUCAGCUGGUUCCGGCGAGUGUGCUGUCGCCUGGUGCUCUGCCUGCUGUGUCUGCUGGUGUCCACGUGCAUCUCACCAUACCUCUUCCCCUACUUCAUUCCUCUCUAUGGAGACCGGCUGCUGAGAAAUAAGAAACGCAAAGCCAGGGGGUUUGCGGUAAGGUGGCUGCGGGCCUACGAGAACGCUUCCUCCUUCCACUUCAGUAAUUAUUUUGUGGGGUUUUUGUCGGAAGUGACGACUGUCCUCUCUGGAGCUGGGUUCACAGAGGAGAAGGAUCAUGUGCACUGGGACCUCGCCGUUUCUCGUCCACUGAAUGUUGAGAUCCCUCGCUCAAUGGUUGAUGUUGUGACCAGUUGGAACUUGCCCAUGUCCCGAUGGUUACACACAUAUGUGUUCAAGAACGCGCUGAAGCUCGGAACCUUUCACGCUAUAAUUGUCACAUAUGCGGCAAGCGCCCUACUUCAUGGUCUCAGUUUCCAUCUGGCAGCUGUGCUGUUAUCCCUGGGGUUCAUAACAUACGUGGAACAUGGUGGAGCAGUCAGGGGAAUCAGCAUUACCUAA